UAGCUAGUGAAACUCCAACGGUGUCAGCACUUCUGAGCCCGAUAUAAACCGCCGCCUGCUGCCUUUCGCCCCCUCUUCUGUGUGUAGACACAGUCUACCAAACCGUUCACCAGAACUAAACAACCACCACUGCCUUCCUCCAUACCAAAACAAAAUGAGCACCGCUGCUCAGCCCAUAUUCAGCAAGGGAGAGAACUGCAAGGCCUCCUGGCACGACGCUAGCGCCGGGUACAAUGAGACGGACACACACCUGGAGAUCAUGGGCAAACCCGUGAUGGAACGCUGGGAGACCCCGUACAUGCACUCACUGUCGACCGUUGCAGCCUCAAAAGGCGGUCGGGUUCUGGAGAUCGGUUUUGGCAUGGCCAUUGCCGCCACUAAGGUUGAGUCUUUCCCCAUCGAGGAGCACUGGAUCAUUGAGUGCAACGACGGUGUCUUUGCCAGACUGGAGAAUUGGGCCAAGUCUCAGCCACAUAAGGUCGUCCCUCUGAAGGGCCUUUGGGAGAACGUUGUUCCCACACUUCCAGAUAACCACUUUGAUGGUAUCCUGUAUGACACAUACCCUUUGUCAGAAGAGACAUGGCACACUCACCAGUUCGACUUCAUUAAGGGUCACGCUCACAGGAUGUUGAAGUCUGGCGGGGUCCUCACCUACUGCAACCUGACCUCCUGGGGCGAGCUACUCAAGACCAAAUACGACAACAUUGAGAAGAUGUUUGAGGAGACCCAGGUGCCUCAUCUGCUCCAAGCCGGCUUCAAGAGGGAGAAGAUUAGCACCACCACCAUGGACAUUGCACCACCCACCGAAUGCAAAUACUAUUCCUUCAAUAAGAUGAUCACUCCCACCAUCGUCAAGGAGUAAAGUUUCAAGAUGCUGCUGCAACCUUUUUUCUUAAUUUUUUUAACGGUAAUGUGCCUUUUCAUCUGACCAUCCUGACCUCCUCACUCUGUUUAUUUCAAGGUCUGCAAUAAUUCAAUAAACUCAAGUCCAUCCCAACUCAGA